AUGGCGCUCCUUGGUCGCCGACAAUCCAGCGCUCAGGCGCUUCACCACCCGCAGUCGCCUCCCAACAUGCAUCCACCACACAACAUGACCGAGUUGACAGUAUGCGGCACUGUAGGCAGUGUACCUGUGCGCUGUCUACUCGACUCCUCACAGCCAUUCAACUUCUAUAGCGCCACACUCUCGCAAACAUCAAGUACCAAGUCCGCCGCCAGUACCCAGCACAAGCAGAUCAGACUCGACCUUAACGGCCACUGCUCGACGACAGACUGCGUCGUCACCGACCUCGACUCCCGCCACGAUGUCAUUCUCGGCAGCAGAUGGCUAAAGGCGCACUUCGACUCACUCGACCGCCCACGAUAUACUAUUCGACUCGUGAAGGAAACACCUCCACCAAUGUCGGAAGCACCAAGCCUGAUCCUGCACCUCCGUGGCCAACUAACUACACACUACAAGGACGGGGACGGUAAGCCGCAGUCCGUGACCCUGUUCUGUACGCCUGAUCACCCUGUUGCCCUGAAAUCAACUGCCGCUCCGAUCUACAUGGCCGCAGGAACGCGGCGAUCGACUCGUACUACGACAGCCGCCGCUGAAGCAGGAAAGGGCGCCAACAAGAAGACGACGACGACUCGAGGUGGUAGGGGAGGUCGCGGAGGUCGUGGAGGUUUGCAACCGAGCGGUUCUGGACCACCUAAUGACGACGGCUCUGGAAGCGACUCUGGGUCUAGGAGCGACUCUAGCGAUUCAGAUACCGAGGACGAAGAGGAAGAGAGUGAGAAUGAAGAUGAGGACAGCACGAACAAGCAGAAGCGAGCCGCACCAAACAAGAAACGCAAGUUCAGCAUUCUUGGCGAGGGCGACGUCCUGUCCAAGCCAGCUACUACUGCGGAAUCGGAGCCUAAGCCUGCAAAGAAGUCCAGACGCACUGUCGCGCCCAGUAGCAACGUUUUCGGGUCUGUCGAGCCUGCCGAGCCUGCCGAGCCUGGAGAUGAGGAUCGCGAGCUCGGACCUAAUGACCCGACAGAAGAUUAUCGAGCAUGCUGGACUUUCUACAAAGAGUGGUGCAAGAGCAGAGGCCUGCAAAAGCUGCGUAGUGGAAAUUUGACUAAGCUCGUAGCAGAUCUCAAUGCAGAGCGCCUUGCGGCACAACUAGGCGUAUACGACGAAGCUCAAGUGAAAAAGAUGGCGGCGCAAGCGCAUAGACUUUUUAGGAGUAGGAACGAGAACGAAGAAUUGCGAUUGGCGCGAGUGGCGCACAAGAAGGGAAAGAAGGACGAAGAGAAGAAUGGCGAGAAUGACGAGAAGAAGGGCGAAAAGAAGAGAGCAAGGAAGAGCAAGAAGAAGGGUAGUGCGCGACUGGAGCGUGUGGAUACCCUCUCGGCUGCUCAGCGAAGCGUACUCAGUCUACGCGAUAUGACCAAGCUUACGUUCCGCGAAAUUGCCGCUCAACUCGACGAGGGCUUGCCGCCAUAG